AUGUCACCGACAAUCAGAGAAAAUAUCCUUGGUGUCAAGGUGGACAUGCCGCUAUCCUGGCGGCUGGAAACCAUGAAUGUCAUUCCCCGACUUACCAAAAACCUGCCCAAGUCACGGCAAUGCAGUCGAGGGAAGACGGAAAGCGAUUCAUUUGCCCACUUGAGCAAUGUGGACGCGGCUUCAAUCGCAAGUACACACAUGAAGACCCACACAGGAGACAAACCCCAUGUCUGUCGAGCAGCGGUAUGCGGCCGGCGAUUCGCCACUUCUAGCAAUCUCGCGCGGCAUAUGCGUCUUCACGGACCCUUACCUCUCAUGCGGUGUCCUCGAGACGGCUGCUCGCGCAGUUUCUUAAGCGACGUCCAGCUUGCGAAGCACCUGAAGCAGCACGAUGCCCCCCAGACGCACGCCUGCAAAGUUGCGGGGUGCACGAAGGUAUUCAGCACUACAGGCAAUUUGAAUCGACACCUCAAGAAGCACUACACGAGCAACAAGCGUGAGGAGCUUGCGUAUAAGGCCGCUCGUGGAGAGGGUCGAAACACUCUUACAGUAGACAUCCAACUCGAUCCCAUCGAAAUCCCCGCCGACAUGAACCCCAAACAGAACAACAGCGGUAGUCGCGCAUUCCAGUGCCCCGAUGUGCACUGCGGACGCCGGUUCAACCGCAAGUACACGCUGACAGAGCACAUGAAGACGCACACGGGCGAGCGCCCUCAUGUCUGCCGUGCACGUGGCUGUGGCAAGCGCUUCAGCACCUCAGGUAACCUGUCCCGACACAUGCGUCUCCACGGCGCCAUCGAGCCUGUGCAUUGCCCAGUGAAAGGCUGCUCCAGCAAAUUCAUGAGUGACAUCAAGCUGGCCAAGCACAUGCGCACGCACUACGUCCCGCGGACACACACGUGCAAAGUUCCCCAGUGUGGCAAGUCGUUCAGCACCACCGGCAACCUUAAUCGCCACCUUAAGAACCAGCACACCGAACAGGAGCGCAGGAAGUACAAGACACCGACUCCGUCUUCGCCGUCUUUAAGUUUUAUUUGCAGCACCCCCACCAACCAGAAGUGCAGCACGCCUACACGCGAGAGUCCAACGGGUAUUGACCAGGAAUGGACAGGCAACGCGUGGGAACUCGCUUCCGAGUCGACUGAGAUGGACCUGCCGGCCCCGUUCGAGACCGCGUGCACGACACCAUGGACCCCCGAGAUGCUGGACAUUCUGUCCAAGAUGCUGCUCGACUAA